UAAGUAGGUAAAGGCGAGGCUGGCAGGCCGUCCGAUUAACCGUGAACAAAUCAACAAUAAAUAACUUGAAGACGCUUAGUAUUAAUUUAAUUAAGAAUUCGUGUUUUGGUCAUUAAUUAAUUAACCUAACAAGAAUCGCUAAAUGGCUGUCGUCAAAACCCCUGUUCUGAAAGUGAUACUGUGUGGUGAAUAUGGUGUUGGAAAGAGCUCAAUAUUCCGCCGAUUUAUCAACAACACCUUUGUCCCUACUGUUGACAGACGGGCAACUUUAGGAUUAGAUCACUUUGAUAAAGUUUACCAUGUGGGCGACAAGGACGUUAAGUUGCAACUAUGGGACACAGGUGGUAUGGAGAGGAUCGCCUCUGUUACAUCAAGCUAUUACAAGUUUGCUGAAGCAGCUAUCUUAGUAUUUUCCCUGGAUAAUUCUUCAUCAUUCCACAUUCUAUCCCAACACCUACUGGACAUUGUCACUUAUGCUGAGAAUGCCAAAAUAUAUUUAUGUGGUAACAAAGCCGAUUUGGAGGGAUUAACACCACAGGUGACUGAUGCUGACAUUGAAACUUUUUGUGAACAAUGCCACAAUUUGAUCAGCACCACAUACAAGACCUCCUGCAAGUCAGGGAAGGGCAUUGAAGACAUGUUCUCCGACAUUGCCAUGCAGCUGGUGGACUCCAACCGCUCCAGGAUAGAGCUGCAGACUCUAGAUCAUGACAGCUUCAAGAUAUCAAACCCUGAGCCGGCAGAGGAACCACCCUGUAGUUGCUGAUUUAUUUAAAAGUAUUAGUUUUGUAUUAAAAUAAUAUUAAUUCUCAUGUUUAACCACCAAGUAACUGUUAAUUCAUUGAUAUGCAAUCAAACUAUGUUUUAAAAAACUGGGGUGGGAGUUAUUUGUGCUUGUUUUCAGUGAAUGCUAACAGCAUUUAUACCUAAUGCACUUGAAGAUAAGUUGUUUGACUUGAAGUAGGUACCUUAUUGGUAACUGUAAGUAUUGUUGCAUGCCAUUGCAAAAGUUGCAUUUUAUUAUCAUUUAUUUCAGAGCUUUCUUAGGUGGGUGUUGUGGUAAUCCUUUUACAUUUACACCAUCAAUAUAUCUUUUUUUGUGGCUGGAAUGAUUUAUUCAUAAGUUGUUAUAAUUGCACCCACUGCACCCAAAUUAGGUUUUAUGAGAUGGUUUAACUUUGACAUGAACAUGUUUCAUGAUUGUAUUACAUAGUAUUAUUAAUUUUGUGUGUAUUGUUUGACAUGGUAGAGCUAACAAAAUUCUGUAAAACUAUAAAAUACUUAAUGUAAACAUUAUAAUUAUAUAAGGAAGCUUGGCUGCCAAAGUAGAUGGUUGCAUAAUGCUGUGACUCAUGGAUAUUAUAAAUAACUGGCCAGAUGUUUGUUAUUCAUUUAUGUAACUAUGUGGUUUUAGGGUUCCAUAAGUUAAAUUGUCUGAAAUACUUUUAAAGUUUUUGUUGUAUAACUUAAACUUUAUUUGUAAGUGAAACUGUGUCUUUAAUUUUUUUUGUAUUUAAUUGAUUGUGAAACUCUUAGGCAGUGUAGAUCUGAUUAAUUUGAUUUAAUUUUUUUUUUGUAUGGAUCAUUGUAUUAGCUCUCUAUUAUAAAAUACCUUUGAAAUUGUAUCAAUUAUUGAUAACAUCUAUUUAUGUAAGUGCUGCCGCUAACUCAGUAAUAGGGUUGUUCUUUUACUGUAAAAUAAGGUAUUUUAUUGCAAAGUUUGAGUUAUGGUGCUAUUAUUAUUUUAUUUUAAAAUAUCAACAGCAGUUCAUAAUAAAAUAUACAUAUACACUA